AUGACCAGGUUGACACCGGAAAAUGCUGCAGCUAUGACUAGGUCGACACCAGAAAAUGCUGCAGCUAUGACUAGGUCGGCACCAGAAAAUGCUGCAGCUAUGAAUAGAUCGAGACCAGAAAAUGCUGCAGCUAAGACUAGAUUAACACCAGAAAAUGCUGCAGCUAAGACUAGAUUAACACCAGAAAAUGCUGCAGCUAUGACUAGGUCGACACCAGAAAAUGCUGCAGCUAUGACCAGGUCGACACCAGAAUAUGCUGCAGCUAUGGCUAGGUCCACACCAGAAAAUGCUGCAGCUAAGACUAGGUCGACACCAGAAAAGGCUGCAGCUAAGACUAGGUCGACACCAGAAAAUGCUGCAGCUAAGACUAGGUCGACACCAGAAAAUGCUGCAGCAAAGACUAGAUCAACACCAGAAGAUGCUGCAGCAAAGACUAGAUCAACACCAGAAAAGGCUGCAGCUAAGACUAGAUCGACACCAGAAGAUGCUGCAGCUAAGACUAGGUCGACACCAGAGAAUGCUGCAGCUAAGACUAGGUCGACACCAGAAAAUGCUGCAGCUAUGACUAGGUCCACACCCGAGCCGAAUUUGUGUGUGUGUGGGGGGGGGGGACAAAAACUGCAGAUAAAAAUACAGAUGUUAUAUAGACUGUGA